GCUCCCACGGCCCGUGAAAUUCGACAAGUCAUUCGCCAGCGCGUCGGAUCCUCCGUAGGGCUGAGGGAAUCCACAUCGGCACUGGCAAGAGGUUCAACGUUCGCCGGGCAGUCUCGUGCUCUUUUCUCAAGCGUCAUCUUGGUGAGAGUACGGCGUCUACGCUCAGCGUUUCUCUUUGAGCUGCUGGGACGGAAUUGUAUGAACCACGAGAGGCUUCGUGAUGAACCGAAAUUAUAUAUUCCUCAACCGAGGGAAAUUGGGCUUCGUCGGCAAAUCCGGGUUAACCCGCCAGCUAGGGUACGUUAGUUAUGUACACAGAUCGAGCACAGGACGGCUUGCCCAGCAGGACCUCGGUGAGAAUUGCCAUUCCACCAAAGUUGGUGUGGUGAGGCGGACAGGGGUCCUGUUGUUCGACCCAUGGAUGCAGUCCAUCUCAUCAGUCCACGCGGGCUCUGAACAAAAUUCUUUUGCCGCGUGUACCCCCGCACUGAUUCUGUGUGGCGUCUGCUCCCGCGCAAGCCACGGCACCCUCUCACACCCUCCUGCAUGCGGUAGCUUCCCGAUCCACCGGCCUGCAACCUUAACGACCGCGACAGGACGACCGGUGAGCCGUGAUGCGAUGAGCGUGCAUCCGACACGCCGUGGUAAAAGAUACGUUCUGUUGAAGUAUUGAUCCAGUUCUGGAGAGGAAAGGAAAGGGGGUUGUGGGAAGACAGGGGACCUCUCAAUUGGCGCGGGGAUGCGACAAAAAGGCGGCCGAGGUCUCGGAAUCAACCCUGCGGUGGAAUCAUCUCUUCGCCGGUCCUCUUCCUGG